CAGCGCCCGGACUCGUGGGACUUGGGCAAAGUCUAACCCGGCGUGGGGAGCAGAGGACCAAAGUCCUGGUGGCCCAGCCCCCUCCGCGCCCUGCAGCCUGCGGCCGGGGGCCCGUGCAGAGAGGGUGACAGGACACCUGCAGAACUGCCAGCAGCCAGCGGGGGGCAUCGCAGCGGGGUGAUGUCCCACCCCCCCAGCCCAGCAUUGGAGCCCAUGUGAGCCAACCCCCCUCCACUCCUCCCGCCCGAUGGCCAAGCGGCUCCUGGUGACCUACGCCCUGUGGGCGCUGGGGGGCCCCGUCGGGCUGCACCACGUCUACCUGGGCCGGGACAGCCACGCCCUGCUGUGGAUGCUCACGCUGGGGGGCUUCGGGGUGGGCUGGCUCUGGGAGUUCUGGCAGCUCCCCGGCUGGGUGGCACGAGCCAAUGACGCUCGGGAGUCGCAGCCCCGCGGCCCGGAGCCCCCGGCCCUCAGCCCCGUGCGCUUCUUCGGCCAGGUCCUGGUGGGGAUCUACUUCGGGCUGGUGGCGCUGAUCGGCCUCUCCUCCCUGGCUGGCUUCUACCUGCUGGCCCUGCCGCUGGCCGUGGGCCUGGGGGUGCACGUGGUGGCCAACGUGGGCGACCAGACCUCAGAUCUCAGGAGCACCCUGGUGGCGGCCUUCCUCACCUCCCCCAUCUUCUACGGCCAUGCCCUGGCCAUCCUGCCCGUCAGCCUGACGGCCAGCGUGACCGCCCAGCAGUGCCGGCGCUACAAACCCUGCCGGGGCCCCCGCGAGACGCUGCGCGCCCGGCUGUACCACCUGGGCCUGGCCUACCUGGCUUUCACCACCCCGCUGGCCUACUGCGCCUUCUGCAACACAGCCGCCACCGCCCGCUACCUGGCCGACGCCAUUGGCGCUGCUUUGGGGUGGCUCAGUUUCUUCCCGACCCUGGGCAGCUUCCUGGAGCAGCUCCUCCUCCUGCCCUACCGCGCCUGGAGGCUGCUGACGGAGGGCGCAGGCUUCGGGGCCGGCUCCUUCCAGGAGUGGGAGAAGGUCUAUGAGUUUGUGCAGAGCUUCCAGAGUGAGCGGCAGCAGCUGGCGUACAAGGUCUUGGCCCUCCGGGACGGCGCCCCCGUGGAGGAGAUUCACAAGAGUUACCGGGAGCUGGUGAAACUUUGGCACCCGGAUCACAACCGCCACCGGGCGGAGGAGGCCGAGAGACGGUUCAUCGAGGUGCAGGCCGCCUACGAGAGCCUCAUGCAGUCGAGAAAAGCCAAGCCUGCAUGACGGGCAGCAGCCUUUGUGGGGGAGGCCAAGCUGCCGCGCCCCUCCCACGGCUUUGCAAUAGAGUCCUUGGAGAAUGUGCCUGCUUCCUCCACCCAGCCCCCCAGCACUUCUUGGGGAGGGGCAGGAGAACCAGGAAGUGAAACUCAGCAGGCUGGGUUUGCUCUCACAAGCAGAGUGAAAUGCAAAACAGCGACCCAGGUGCAAAGGGAAACGGUCCGGCUGAGCAGCAGUAACCUCAGCUGUUCCCCUCAGUCCUGACCUGCGGCAGGGACGGACAGGGCACCGGGCUGGCACAUUGCACAGGGCAGCAAGGGAGAGGCUUUCAGGUGGGCUGCUUUCCCCUUCCUGAGGGGGCAGGUGGCUCUCUGGAUGGCAACUCGUUGCCUGUGAGAAGGGGACUGGCCACCAGCGCUCCUGGGUGCUGUUCCUAGCUCUGCUGCUGAGUCAUCGCGUGACGUGGUGCCAGCCACGUCUCCUCUCCGGGAGCAAGGGGCCUAGCGCCUGGUCCCCAGGUGGGGUUUGAGGUGACUGGUUUCAAAGUGCUUUGAGAUCCAGGGAUGGGAGGUGGCCGAGAUGGGCCGGGGCUCAUCAGAAACCAGGGACGGGGGACAAAUGAUCAGAAGAGCCUCAAUUAAAUGGCCAAAAGUGCUCAGGACCCCGUUGCUCCCAUUGAGAACAAUGGACGGUGGGUCGGGCCCAGGGCGUGUUGUAAAGCAGGGUUUUUCCCUUGUCAUUUCUGACGGCUGUCGUGUAGCCUAGUGGCUGGAGCACUGGCAUGGGAGCCAGGAACAUGGUUCUAGUCCUUGCUCUGCCACUGAACCUCUCGGGCAAGUCGCUUGAGCUGUUUCCCUUCCACUCUGUGUCUGUCCUGUCUGUUUAGACUGCACGCGCUUAGGGCAGGGACCGGCCAUGCUGCAUUUCGCUGCUGACCCCGCUCCCCGCUGAGCUCCAGCAUAGUCAGGGCCAGCCCCGUGGCUCGCACGUAGGGGUGGAGUUGCAUCAGCAAAGUUUUAUAACUGGCUGGGCAAACAUGCCCCUGGUUUUGAUUUACCAGCCGCUCCUGGGCCCUUCUGAACGGAUCCAACAGGCCAGGGUCCAUGUGCAGCCGGAUCCAACGAGCGGCCCCCACGCACGGCUGGGGCCAAGGACCGACAGCGUCACGUCGCUGCCAGCUGCCAUCGGACCAAACUCGGCGGUGGCCUGGGGGCUCUGCACUUCGCUGCCACGAGCUCUGCAGCCGAUAUGGAGGGCGGGGACUGGCUUUCACCCUGCGUUUGGCCAGCACCGAGCUCUGCUCUGGGCUGGGCCCGCCGGCCGUUUGUCCUACAAAUAAACAGCACCAGCGAAGCGCUUGGGGUCGACUGUG